AUGUCGGCCCCUUACUACACCCCCCAGCGCCCUUACUUCCCCUCCCCGCAACAAUCCUCCUCCUCUUCCUCUACGGCCCCGCGACCCGGCGCGUCCGCCCCGCCGUCCUUCACGCCCGCCAUGCGUGAUCGCCAGGCCCGCGGCAAGGACCCGUACUCACCGCACGACAGCCCGUCGGACUCGGACCUCGAGUUUGACGCCGUCGACUCGCCCUCGCGCGCAGGUGUCGGUCGUCUGGGCCACCUCGGCGGCUCGGGUCAAGGACGUGGACACCCUCACGGGGGCGCCAUGGCAGGAGCGGCGGGAGGAGGAGGAGGCAGCGGCGUUGCGACGGCGGGAGGAGGAGGCGUCGGGGACGGGGACUCGCACGAGGUCAGGCGACGGAAGCUAUGGGCCGUCGCCGUGCUCGAGGACCCGGAGAAGUUGGCAAUGUACGCGUGCAGUCGCGGAGACAGCAUCCCCGGCACCCGUCUCCACUUCACCCGCAUGCUCUGCGGCUUCGACGAGGAGACCCUCCAGCUGCCCGACCACCGCAAGGCCUCGGCCUCUUCGCGGCGGGACCCGCGCCGUAGGAGCGCCGGCGGGGAGCGCAUGGGUCGGCACUGA